UACAUAAGCAGAGGGAGAGAAAGUGAGACCAGGAUAAGACCACAGUGGCUGAGAAGUGAUGAUCGGUCACACAGCAAGCCGCUGCGCUCUGCCGCUCUGGAUCCAGCUGAUUAUUUUUCAUCCUUUCACCGUUUCUCCUCCACUUUUCUUCCUCACGUUGUUUCACUGAAACCAGAGCAACAGGAUUGUUUUUGGUGCUUGAGGAGGAGCUGAAAGAUAAAAAUGGGAAAAAGAGACAGCUGAGACUUCAGGACUUGCUGUAACAAAGAGAAGAAGUGAAGAUGAACUCCACGGCUGAGCAAGGCUUGAUUCCAUGCUACCUGAACCGGAGCCUGUGCCCGGGAACUCUGCCAGAGAAAGACGUUUCUGGAGACGAGAAGGAUUCCUCUACUGGCUGCUACGAGCAGCUGCUGAUUUCCACCGAGGUCUUCCUCACUUUGGGCAUCAUCAGCCUGCUGGAGAACAUCCUGGUGGUCGCUGCCAUCAUCAAGAACAAGAACCUCCAUUCCCCGAUGUACUUCUUCAUCUGCAGCCUGGCGGUCGCUGACAUGCUGGUCAGUGUUUCCAACGCCUCGGAGACGAUCGUCAUAGCGUUGAUCAACGGCGGCAGCCUCACCAUCCCUGUCACGUUCAUCAAAAGCAUGGACAACGUGUUCGACUCCAUGAUCUGCAGCUCUCUGCUCGCCUCCAUCUGCAGCUUGCUCGCCAUCGCCAUCGACCGCUACAUCACCAUUUUCUACGCCCUGCGGUACCACAACAUCGUCACCAUCCGGCGGGCGUUGCUGGUCAUCGCUAGCAUCUGGACGUGCUGCACCGUCUCUGGCAUCCUGUUCAUCAUCUACUCGGAGAGCACCACGGUGCUCAUCUGCCUCAUCACCAUGUUCUUCACCAUGCUGGUCCUCAUGGCGUCGCUCUACGUUCACAUGUUCCUGCUGGCGCGCCUGCACAUGAAGCGGAUCGCCGCCCUGCCGGGCAACGCGCCCAUCCAGCAGCGCGCCAACAUGAAGGGCGCCAUCACCCUCACCAUCCUGCUGGGGGUGUUUGUGGUGUGCUGGGCGCCUUUCUUUCUGCACCUCAUCCUGAUGAUCACCUGCCCCAGGAAUCCCUACUGCACCUGCUUCAUGUCGCACUUCAACAUGUACCUCAUCCUCAUCAUGUGCAACUCCGUCAUUGACCCCAUCAUCUACGCCUUCCGCAGCCAGGAGAUGAGAAAGACCUUUAAGGAGAUCUUCUGCUGCUCACAGGCUCUCUGGUGUAUUAGCUUUCUGUGAGACACUCCAGGUAUUUCAUCUGUAAUCAGUGUGCAGUGCAAAGCUCCAGGUCUGCAGAAUAAGUGGGGUUGAUUAGACGGUUGGCUAACACUCAGCAUUUGUCUGCAGUCCACAAUAUUGUGAUUCAAAACGGAUGAAAAGCCUGAAAUGUCAGUUUUGCAGCUGCACAGAUUGAAAAUGCUUUAGCAUAUGAAAUAUUUAAAGCACAUCAGACAGCUAAGAAUGAGAUAAGAGACUAACUUUGUUACAACUGAGAUUACUUUAUGUCUCCAUUGGUUUCUUGAACAUGGAAGCAUUGGGGUUGGACUUUAUAGCAUCGCCUUAUGAGGUGAUAAUAACAUUACUCUUAACUGUAAUCAUAACAAAAAGGCAAUCAUAACAUUGACCUUUAAGGUGGUAAUACCUUAUAAGGCAACCACAGUAUUGCAUUAUAAAGCGGUCAUUACGUUAUAAUUAUAACUUACCCUUAUAAGGUAAUCCUGCAAUCACAACUUUGUCUUGUAAGGCGAGUUUUUCUCUUUAAAUUAAUCACACCAUUGAUUUCUGAGGGAACCAUAACAUUGCCUUAUGAUGUAAUCAAGGAUAAAAAUAAUGCCUUAAAAGGUAAUCAUACUAUUGUUUACUGAGGCAACCAUAGCAUUGCCAUAAAAGGAUGUUAUGGCAAUGUUAUGCCAUAACACCUUAUGAACCCUAUGCUUCAUAAGGUUAUCAUAGCAUUACUGUAUAUAGCUGUCAAAGACCUUUUUAGGCGAUGAUAACAUUAAUGUAUAUGUCAGUCAUGAGGCUAAAGAAAGAAAGAGGAUUGUAAUUCUGUUUACCAAAGGUGUGAAUCUGUGUGAUGACGUCUUGCUGCUUUCCAGAUGUUUUUGAAUGAAUUUUAAACUCUAUGGCGUUAUUCAUGAAGUUCAUCUUAGAGCUAAACCAACAUGGAAGCUAAUUCUGAAGCGCUAAAGCUAAAAACAAUAAAAUACUGCAGAAUUACACUAUGCUAUAUUUAGCUUUUCAUCACCAAGUCGACCAAUCACGGAUCGCCACAUUGUUAGCCAGUAGUGUCCCUUCAUCGUCGACCAAUUACGCCCUCUCCUGUACUCACUUUUAUUUUAUUUUUCCAUUUUUGGUCAGUUGUAUUCAACUGAAAGUUUACAAAACAGCCAAGUAAAUUAGUGCUUUAGAACUUAGUUCAGUUAGAGGAAGCUAGGUGUGCUAAAUGUUUGCAAGUUUAGCAAAGGCGCUAAACGAAACAUUAGCUCUACUAUUAAUGUUUUGUGCUAAUGUGCUAACUAGCACAUUAGCUAAUUAGCCAGGUUAGUGGAAGUGUACCCACAGCUUUGAUUUUGAAGAAUUGUUUAAUUCAAAUCCUUAGGCAGGAAUGUUAUGUCAUUAAGUUAAAAUUUGUCAAAGAAAAUUCAACAUUGCACAAUAUUGAGCCAAAAAAAUAAUCUGAAAUAUUUAAUAGCACCAUUCACAGGUUCAUACAGGGUAAAAUAAAAAUCUGCUUGUUUCUCAUCUAUGCUCUUGUAAGUUUGUGUAAGUAUCUGUGUAAAUUUGCACAUUUGUGUUAUUCACACUGGCACUUUAAGCAUGUGGUUAUAAAUAAGUCUAUUUUUCAAUGUGUUUAUGUGAAAGAGAGGAAUGUAAUUAAUGUAGGUUUUCUCUGUGUGUGACCUGCUGCUUUUUUAAAUCUUUGCCUUAAUGGUGUUGCACUGUGAUAUAAAACUGAACCGUAUUUUGUAUGAAAGUGUCUCAGAAAAAAAAGAUUAUGUACAGUUUUGGUGUUUUAAGUGUUGCCUUUUUAACGUAGACCUCUGUAAACUUGACUUGCUUUUGAACGCUCACAAGACGCACAAGAGAACAGAUGUAAACAGGGUGUCUUAUCAGCUCCAUUUUUGUGACUCAUGCAACUGAAAAACAUGUUUUGUAUUUUUUUUUCCCAUCAGUGCGUACUGUGAAUCACUGCUGCUGUGACUUGAAUAAAUCAUAAUGCA